AUGAUUACUGCAUUCGUGCUCGCUGGACGUAUUGGCGCUUCAAUUACCGCUGAACUUUCAACGAUGAAGGUGACAGAACAGAUUGACGCGCUUGAGGUGAUGGGGACAAAUCCUGUCAAAUAUUUGGUUGUCCCUCGUUUUCUUGCAUGCACUAUUAUGUUACCGACCUUGACGAUCUUCUCAACGUUUGCCGGUAUUGGUGGCGGUUUUACUGCGGUUGUUACCUUGUUUGAUGUCAACGGGUACUUUUUUCUCUUGGAAGCCCAAAAGAAUCUGUUUGUCGGUAGUGUGCUUAUUAGUUUAAUUAAGGCGACCUCUUUCGGCAUGGCGAUCGCAGCGGUCGGCUGCUACAAAGGGUUUAGUAUCCCGACUGCCGGUGGUGCUGAAGGUGUCGGCACUGCUACGACUGGCUCUGCCGUUAUUUCGCUCAUUACUAUUCUUAUUUUAGACUUUGUCUUGAACCAUAUCCUCUUUAACAUUUUAGGAUUGGUAUAA